CAAGUUGAUGAUCAUCACACCUUAGCGGGAAUAUCAGCAAACAACAGCGGAGGAGGAGAUGAAGUUUCGAUUUGGGCUCAGGAUCUCUUUGGUCCUGACCAUACUUGCUCUGACUCUGUACGGAGGCGGUGCUGAAGGACAAAGGGCAGGUUGCAAGAAUGUCAACUAUGAUCUUGUAUUCAUCUUGGACACCUCUUCCAGUGUGGGCAAGGAAAACUUUGAGAAGAUCCGGCAGUGGGUGGCAAACCUGGUGGAAUCUUUUGACGUAGGUGCGGAGAAGACGCGUGUGGCCGUGGUUCGCUACAGUGACCGUCCCACCACUGAAUUCAACCUGGGCAGAUACAAAACCCUUGAGGAGGUCAAGCGUGCUGCUGGGAACAUCCGCUACCUGGGUGGGAACACCAAAACUGGAGAUGCCAUCAGCUUUACCACCAACAACAUCUUCACAGAAAGGGCAGGGACGAGGCCUGCCAGUAAGGGCAUUCAAAAAGUGGCAAUCUUACUAACGGAUGGCAGGAGUCAGGAUUUUGUUUUGGAGCCAUCAAUUGCUGCAGCGGCUGCUGGAAUCAGGUUGUUCGCCGUAGGGAUUGGGGAAGCUCUGAAAGAGGAGCUGGAGGAGAUUGCAGCAGAGCCCAAAAGUGCUCAUGUGUUCCAUGUGACGGACUUUGACGCCAUUGACAAGAUCAGGGGCAGAUUGAGGAGGAGACUCUGCGAGAAUGUCCUUUGUCCAAACAUGAAAGUCCAGGCGGGCCGUUUCCGGCCGAACAGCACCAGUGCUGGACUGACGGAGGUCCCAGGAUUUGAUUUGAUGGAGUACUUCAAUGUAAGAGAUUUUCUUGGAGAAAAAUUUGAGCCAGGUCAGACCCCCUAUGUCCGGCUCGGUACCAUGCCCAUCGUCCAACAAACAGAAGAUGUGUUACCUCAGGGUCUGCCUGAUGAAUAUGCAUUUGUGACCACAUUUAAGUUCAGGAAGACCUCUCGUAAAGAAGACUGGUACCUGUGGCAGGUCUAUGACAAAUAUGGCAUCCCGCAGGUCUCCAUCCGCCUGGACGGGGAGAACAAGGCAGUGGAGUACAACGCCGUGGGCCUGACGAAGGAUGCUGUCCGCGCCGUCUUUAAGAACCCAGAGGUGGAGAAUCUGUUUGACCGUAACUGGCAUAAGAUCGGCAUGAGGGUGGACUCCAAGUCUGUGUCCCUGUUCCUGGACUGCAAGCACAUUGAGACUCUGCCCAUAGAGGAAAGAGAAGACAUCGACAUCCAGGGAAAGACUGUCAUCGGCAAGAGACUCUAUGACAGCGUUCCCAUUGAUUUUGACCUCCAGAGGAUGGUGAUCUACUGUGAUGGUAAACAGUCUGAGCAAGAGACGUGUUGUGAUAUUCCCGGUGGCCCAUGUGAACAAUCUCUGGUGACUGAGCCCCCCCCACUCCCGCUGCCCACCCCAAAACCAACAAGUGCUGAGCAGAAGAAACCAGCCGCGGUCAACUGCUCCUGUCCUGCAGGGGAAAGGGGAGAGACAGGUGUACCGGGUGUCGCGGGGCCCAAGGGUGAAAAGGGGGAUCCUGGUCUUAAAGGGGCAGAAGGACCUCCAGGAACCAAAGGGCAAAAAGGAGAGCGUGCUAUCUCUAUCAAAGGUGAUAGAGGAGAGAAGGGGGACAACGGCGAGCUCGGUGAACCUGGAGCCAGAGGAGACAGAGGAUCAGAGGGUUUACCUGGUCUGGCUGGGAAAAAAGGCGAUAAAGGAGAGAGAGGUAAACAAGGAGUUGCAGGUGAAGCUGGGUUACCUGGACCUCUCGGCCCAAAGGGUAUCCAAGGUGAUGCCGGUCCACCUGGAUCACCGGGUCCUCAUGGGGUGUCUGGUGUAACUGGAGGUAAAGGAGAUAAAGGAGCUUCUGGAGAAAGGGGUGAACCAGGUUUAGAUGGUUUUCCAGGGAAACCAGGUCAUGCAGGAAAAGACGGUCCUAGGGGGCUGAUUGGUGCACCUGGUCCAAAUGGAGUCAAAGGAGAAAAGGGUGAACAAGGUCCUGCUGGAUUACCUGGCAAUGCGGUUCAGUUUGCAGGACUCAAGGGGGAGACUGGCGUCCCUGGUGAACGAGGACCCUCGGGAGCAGAUGGCCCGCCUGGACCUCUUGGCCCACCUGGACCUCCAGGUUUGCCCGGUGAGCCGGGUGAGAACGGACAAAGGGGUAAAAAAGGUGAUGCAGGAUUGCCAGGAGUUGAUGGUCUUCCAGGACCACCUGGUCCUCAGGGGCCUCCUGGACCUCCAGGCAGCCCUGGACAAACAGGACCUCCAGGAUUACCUGGUGAAAUCGGCUUCUCUGGAAAACCAGGAGAACCAGGAAAACCAGGCCUGCCAGGAAAAGAUGGAUUGGAUGGUUUCCCUGGAAACAAUGGCGAGAAGGGGCAAAGAGGAGAACCCGGACAGGACGGCUUCCCUGGUAAACCAGGACCGACGGGAGAUGACGGCCCUCCAGGACCACGAGGACCUCCUGGUGAACGGGGAGAGACUGGUUUGCCUGGAGAAGUCGGCACAAUGGGACCCAAAGGAGAGAGAGGAGGCCAAAGAGGAAAAGAUGGACCUACUGGCUCGAAAGGAGAGAAAGGAGACAAGGGUGAGAUUGGCCCCAGGGGUCCAGCCGGGGUCCCAGGCAAUGUGGCCAAUGUGAUUCCUGAACCCGGUGAACCGGGUGAGCCGGGAGAGAAGGGAGAGAAAGGAGAUCAAGGAAAACCAGGCGAGAUGGGUCAAAGAGGACUUCCUGGAGAGCAGGGAUUCAGAGGACAACCGGGACCUGCGGGCCCUAAGGGUGAUUCUGGUGGAAAGGGAGAGGCAGGGAGACACGGAGACCCAGGUCCGCCCGGAUUGACGGGCCCUCAGGGGCCCCGAGGGCUGCCAGGCAAUGUGGGUAUUCCAGGUAGCAUCGGUCCACCUGGUAUUGCUGGACAGAGAGGAGAGAAGGGAGAUGCUGGUAAAGAUGGUCCCCCUGGACCCCAAGGUCCAAAUGGUGAGCCUGGUUUAAGAGGAGAAAUUGGUUUGCCAGGAAAAGGCAAAGAGGGACCAAAGGGUGAUUCCGGACCUCCGGGUCCACCCGGACCUCCCGGACUGAAGGGUUUACCUGGUCCACAGGGAAUGCAGGGGAUGCCAGGAAACAGAGGACCACCGGGAGAGGGGACCACUGGACCCGAUGGGCCUCCCGGACCUGCAGGGCCAUCAGGACCAGCGGGUUUGAGAGGACCUCCAGGAGUGAGCGGACCUCAGGGACCCGCUGGACACAAUGGUUUACCAGGAAGACCUGGAGAGAAGGGCUCCCCUGGAGAACCAGGAAAAGCUGCAGACAUUUCUGAUCUGAACCUGAAGGACAUUUGUUCAGAUUGCCCCCCUGGGCCAGCUGGACAACCGGGAAUGCCAGGACCUCCAGGUGAAAAAGGUCAUACUGGACCACCUGGGAAAAACGGACAGGAUGGAUAUGCGGGUCCUCCUGGACCAACAGGGCCUGCAGGACCACCUGGCGCUGAUGGAGCCAAGGGGGUCAAAGGAGACAGAGGUCCUUUGGGAGCACCUGGAGAUAAAGGUGAAAAGGGCCCCCCAGGACCUCCUGGUUAUCCAGGGGCCGCAGGAGCUAUGGGUCAGCCUGGUAAUGAUGGAAACCCUGGACCUAUCGGACCACCUGGAGCUCCUGGAGAAAAGGGUAAAGAAGGACUUCAGGGAAUUCAAGGACCACCUGGUCUUCCAGGUCUAAUGGGCCUGAUGGGUAAAUCUGGAAAGGAUGGAAGACCAGGAGAAACAGGAGAGCCGGGUAAACAGGGAGAGCCAGGAUCACCAGGAAGAGACGGACUCAGAGGAAUGCCUGGUUUCAAAGGUCACAGAGGGGAACCAGGACCACCAGGGUCAAAGGGUGAAGAUGGCAAACAGGGUGUUCCUGGACGCGAGGGUCCACCUGGGAAAGAUGGUAAGACCGGACCAGCGGGGUCAGAGGGCAUGAGAGGACCACGAGGAGAAUCCGGUCAGCCUGGAGAACCUGGACAAGCAGGCAAGCCUGGAUCUCAGGGAAAUCCUGGUCAGCCAGGACACAAAGGUGAAACAGGGAGUCCAGGAUUACCUGGCUUCCCAGGUCCAAAAGGGCCAUCGGGUCCGUCUGGUCCAAUUGGCCCAGAGGGCAAACAAGGCAUGUCAGGAAAACCAGGAGACAGAGGACAUAAGGGAGAAAAGGGUGAUAAUGGAAUAAAAGGAGACAAAGGACCUGUUGGUGAUCCGGGCAUUCCGGGUAACCCUGGGCCUCCCGGCAGGAAGGGUCACACAGGAAUGAUGGGCAUGUCAGGACCCCCAGGGGAAGUGGGUCCCCCUGGAUCCCCUGGUUCUCCAGGACAGCCGGGUCUCCCAGGUCUCAGAGGUGAGACGCCAUCACUGGAACAAAUGCGGCGGCUCAUUCAGGAGGAACUCUCCAAACAGUUGGAUGCUAAGUUAGCUUACCUCAUGGCUCAAAUGCAACCUGCUCAUAUCAAGAGCUCAGUUGGCCGCCCCGGUCCACCUGGUCCGGCAGGUAAAGAUGGACCUCCUGGCCGACCAGGUCUACCUGGAGAGUCUGGAAUACCUGGACAAAAUGGAGCAGAAGGACCCAGAGGUCCAGUUGGUCCUAAAGGUGAUCGAGGUGCAAGAGGUGAAAAGGGAGAGGACGGUGUUGGACAGAGAGGAGAGCCUGGUCCAAUAGGUCCCAUGGGUCCUGCAGGUAUGCCGGGAUAUGGAAAGGACGGUCUUCCUGGAGCCUCAGGUGCUCAGGGAGAGCCUGGUAAUCCUGGUCCUCACGGUCAGCUCGGACCUCCUGGACCGCCGGGGCAGUGUGACCCCUCACAAUGUGCCUACUAUGCCAGUCUGGCAUCAAGACCUCACACCAAAAAUGUCAAGGGGACUUAAUACACCCCUCACUGUCCUGGGCUAACACCUAUUUAUGAACUUGGACAUUGAGUAAGCCAAGAACAUGUUCUGUAACAUCAGGAGAACUACAGAGUCUGAGGGGUGAGUGAAUGUGUGUUUAUACGUGUGUUUGUCAUAGGCUUUUCACUACAGCUAAUGUGUUCUUGAACCCUGAGUUAAGGCCACUUUUAAUCCUGAGUUAAGCAACGUUUCACACUUUAGGUUUUGAAAAGGUGUUGGCAUGUAGCAUUAGCACUUUCAGCUCCGGGUUAUGAAGUCUAGCUCAAGCAGGAUUGACAGAAUAGUGGUGCUAAAGGUGUAAAAUGUCAGAACAAUGUUUAGCAAGAUAUUAAUCAUAAAAUACAUACAAGAACCCUACAGUCAAGAAAAAAUAUAAUUCUCUUUUUCAUUAUAAACUUUGUAAUUAAAUUUUGAAUUUUGAAAUAUUUUCUCAAUGAAUCAGUUCGACUGGUUCACUAAUCGUUUGUGAAGUUAUUCAAAAUUAAGUCUAAGUCUAAAUUUCAGUAAAAAUCCUUAUGAAUUAAUCACAAAUAGCUUGAAAAAUAGUCUAAAUUUUUAGGUACAGUGUCUGAAAGAUAGUUAAACAUGCUAAAUAGAGACAAAAAAUGUUUAGUAAUAAAAUAAUGUUGAGUACUGUACUUGCCCAGUGUAUUUAACCUCGUAUAUGCAAAUAAGAAUGUUAACCCAAGGUUUUAAAAAUGUAGAAUGUGAAACCUCUACAAACCCAUUACCCAGGAUUGAUUUCUAACCCACUAUAGUGUGAAUCUUACUAACCCGGGGUUAAAAAUGGCCCUUGGUUAACAGUUUUAAGUGUGAAAAGCCCUCUAGUGUCCUGCCGGUCAGAGUUGGUUAUGAUUUUUUUUUUUUAUUAGAGGAGGGGUGGGCUUAAGGUCAUUUACUUCAAGUCAAGACUUUCGAGGCUUUCUGUGUAACAGGAUGAGAAUUCUUGUUACGAAAGAAAGAAAUUUACUUCCCCAACUGUGAUCUCAUAAUGACACAAUUGUGCCGUCCACACUCAAGUUCUGCUGACGGUGUUUACUGAGGUCAUUGAUCAGUAAUCACGAGUCCAACUAUUGUUAGUGAUGUCUGUAGCAGGUCAGGAAGUUUGGGGAAUUCUCUACUUGAGUUUUAUUGAUGAAGCGCUCCGUUACUCUGGGAAAAACACAGCGGGACACUUUUCCACUCAUCAAUAGGAAAUCUCAAUAAGGAUCAUUAGAGGUCCUGGAGGUGAUGGAGAAAUGCAUUUCUGCUCUUUUUAGUCUACGUUUUGUAAGAUAUCUCUUUUGUAUCCAUGCAUUUGGUAAAUAACUUGCUAUUUUUAUUUUGGAUCAUUAAACUUGUGUUUGUGAUGACUGAAAGGCAGCUGCUCAAUUCAGUGCCUGUUUGAUAGUUUAACACGGCUGGUUUGUCACAAAGGCUGUCACUGCAUAAAUACACAUGACUGACGCCUCUUAUAAUGCUUUUGUAAUAGUUUUGGACAGCACUUCUCUUCAAAACACCAUUGCGUUGAUUAUUAUGGAAGUUCCGGAACACAAAGUCCUAGUUAAAGCAAUAUCAUUCGUGUCACUAAAGUGCUCAGAUGGAUCGAUCCUGCAGAUUGCUCUCUUGUGAGCCAGUUAAAGCCACUGAAAGAGGAGAGACUGCUUCAAAACGAACUCUCCUCUGCCCACAAACAGGGAUGCAAUUCAUCUUCAACUGACGGGCAUCAGUGAGGUCAAGAAUAGGCUUAUGUCAGAAUGUUGUAGUUGUUUUUGAGAUCACUUGACCGAAAUUGUAAUAUCCAAAAUAAACAAGAUUUACUUUUCAGUCUUGUUGCCUAAAUGUUAGUUUUUUUCUCCCUUUAAGAUCAUGAUAUCCUUAAAAUGAAUUUUCAGUAUUAUUGCAUAAGUAUUAUAGAAUUUUUUUUGACCGCUUCUUUGUAGAGCUUGUAGAACUUUUUUUUUUUUUUUUUUUGCAAAAGCUAAUACUCUUUUACUAUUAUUUUAUUUUAUUUUAUUUUUUCCCUACACUAACCUGAAAGAUAGGUGCCUCUGUGAAAGAGGGAGUGGUCUUUUUUUCUUUUCUUUUUUUCUUUUCUUUUUUUCAGACAAUCAGAAAGUCACUUUCUCCAUUAUUUUGCAUGUUCUGUCUUUGAAGGGCGAGGUUUUUAAAGAGAGAUCAUGUGUUGACUUUAACUUGCAGCAUCAUUAGUGGAUUGAAUAUGUUGAUUAAUUAUAUUUGAAUGCAAAACCAGAUGUGAUACUGUAUAGACUUUCUAAAUUCAAUGUCCAUGAUAAAGCUCUUAGUAAUGAGUAUUAUAUACACACUUUAUAAUUUGUUUGUCCACCUUUGCCCUGCCUUCAAGAAUCACAUUCAAGAGAUGAUGUUUUGGUGAUGUAUUUUGAAAAGCUGAGCUUAUUACUGAAGCAACUUUAUGUAAAUUAAUGGUGCUUUUUCGAUGCAGGCCAAAGAAAUACUCACUAUCAGCAUUGCUAUCAUGUUCUCCUCCACUUUAUUCAAAUAUAGUUGCUUUUUGACUUUGUAUCCUCCUGUUAGUUUGGCUUCUUCAAGCCGAUAAUGACUGUAUUUGUUUUUCCAUAUCAAUUUGCAUUAAAUUAUUCUAAUGAACCACAGGUGCAGGUGAUGUAAAAUAGUAUAAUUUAUGCAUGGUAUAAUCCACUUGUUUAUACUGAUUCUCUGGUGCUACAGUUAAUCUUAAUUAGGUUGAUGUAUGUGUAUGUGUGGGGAGAGCGCGUGUGUGUUAAUAAAGACUGGAUCAGGUCCAUUUACUACAAUUGGGUUCUUAUUGUGAGAUAAAAAAAUCUGUUAAGUGUAUACCAUAGACAUUGCAAGUUUGCAUGUUUUAUUCCUAAAAAACAGUCUAAAUGAACAAAACAUGAAUGAUCAAAUGUAUGAACUAAUAUAAAAGGACUUUUUUGUUAAGAUAGUCCAUGUAGAUUUUGAGUUUUGAAAAUGUUUCAUUGGAAAAAACUCCAUGCAAUUUUCAUAUCUGACGUCUUAAUCAAUCUAAUCCUAUAUGGCUAAGAUUUUUAAGACCUUAAUGUUCUGCAAGUUUCUUUUUCUUAAAUGCUUCAAAAUUCAGAAUUAUUACCAUUGGCUUACAAUAAGAUUGCUAAAAUCACUUACCACCAUUUGUGCAAAGCCCUUAUUUGUCCAUUGACAAAUUCCUAGGUACUUUAAUGACAAUGCGGUCACAUGAUUUUAAACCCUAUGUGAGUGGAAAUGAUUAAAUUUUUUGUUGUAUUUGACCAUAUGUCAUAGAAGCUGUACUCAGAGCCUAAGGUGUAUUGAACCUUAAACGAUUAAUGUGCCAAUAAAAGCGCCAU